GACGCCUAUAGAAAUUUCCACACAAACCCUUGUUCGUCAAAUCUAACCUAUUAAACCCCUCUUUUGUCCCCCACCUCUUCUCCUCUUUCCAGAUUCGAAGCGAGUCUUCACGAUUCCAGAGCGAGUAGGCCGGACGCCGCGGCUUGCCCGAUCCGUUUCCGUAUCUCCAAGGCUCUUGCUUAUUUUAGAGUUUUUGUGCUCCAAAGCUAAACUUUCUGUUGAAGAUGAGCGUAGUGGGUUUUGAUUUUGGCAAUGAGAGCUGCGUUGUUGCAGUUGCAAGGCAAAGAGGCAUUGAUAUUGUUCUUAAUGAUGAAUCCAAGCGUGAGACUCCUGCCAUUGUGUGCUUUGGUGAGAAACAGCGGUUUCUUGGAACAGCUGGGGCUGCUUCAAGCAUGAUGAAUCCAAAGAAUACGAUUUCUCAGGUAAAGAGGCUGAUUGGACGCCAGUUUUCAGAUCCUGAGCUGCAACAAGAUCUCAAAGUGCUGCCUUUUGCUGUCUCCGAAGGUCCAGAUGGAUACCCAUUGAUUAAUGCUCGAUAUUUGGGAGAAGCAAAAACAUUUACGCCUACCCAAGUACUGGGCAUGGUUCUUUCAAAUCUGAAGGGCAUAGCAGAGAAGAAUCUCAAUGCUGCAGUGGUGGAUUGCUGUAUUGGGAUUCCUGUUUAUUUCACUGAUCUUCAAAGAAGAGCUGUCUUGGAUGCGGCUGCUAUUGCAGGUUUGCAUCCUCUCCGGUUGAUGCAUGAAACCACUGCAACUGCUUUGGCAUUUGGAAUUUAUAAGACAGAUUUACCUGAGAAUGAUCAGUUAAAUGUUGCAUUUGUUGAUAUUGGCCACGCUAGUAUGCAAGUUUGCAUAGCUGGUUUUAAGAGGGGCCAACUGAAGAUAUUGGCCCAUUCUUUCGACCGAUCUUUAGGUGGCAGAGAUUUUGAUGAAGUUCUAUUCCAGCAUUUUGCUGCAAAGUUCAAGGAAGAAUACAAGAUUGAUGUUUUCCAGAAUGCUAGGGCCUGCCUCCGGCUUCGUGCCGCUUGUGAAAAGCUGAAGAAAGUUCUUAGUGCUAACCCAGAGGCACCUCUGAAUAUAGAAUGUUUGAUGGAUGAAAAGGAUGUUAGGGGUUUCAUCAAGAGAGAAGAGUUUGAGCAGAUAAGCAUUCCAAUUUUGGAACGCGUGAUAAAGCCAUUGGAGAAGGCUCUUUCAGAAGCUGGCCUGACGGUUGAGAAUAUUCAUGCAGUUGAGGUUGUUGGUUCAGGCUCUAGGGUUCCUGCCAUAAUCAGAAUACUGACAGAAUUCUUUGGCAAGGAACCUAGACGUACAAUGAAUGCAAGUGAGUGUGUUGCCAAAGGCUGUGCCUUGCAGUGUGCAAUCCUCAGCCCCACAUUCAAAGUCCGGGAAUUUCAGGUCAACGAGAGUUUUCCAUUUCCCAUUGCUGUGUCAUGGAAAGGUGCUGCACCGGAUGCUCAAAAUGGAGCUGCUGAGAAUCAACAAAGCCGUAUUAUUUUCCCGAAAGGGAAUCCAAUACCUAGUAUUAAGGCUUUGACAUUCUAUAGAUCGGAAACUUUUUCAAUAGAUGUUCAGUAUGCUGAUGUCAAUGAAGUGCACGCACCGGCAGAGAUUAGCAGAUACACGAUUGGACCUGUUCAAUCCACAAAGAGUGAACGGGCAAAAUUGAAAGUGAAAGUUCGUUUGAAUCUGCAUGGCAUUGUAUCGGUUGAGUCAGCGACUCUUUUGGAAGAGGAGGAAGUUGAAGUCCCAGUUGUUAAAGAGGCAACUAAAGAAGCUGCUAAGAUGGAGACAGAUGAAGCUUCAAGCAAUGCUGCUCCCCCAGCUACUGAAGCUGAUGUAAAUAUGCAAGAUUCAAAGGCUGAUGUUCCUGGGGCUGAGAACGGUGCCCCUGAGUCUGAAGAGAAGACUGUUGAAAUGGAAACAGAUGCCAAGGUUGAGGCUCCAAAGAAGAAGGUGAAGAAAACAAACAUUCCUGUAUCUGAGAUGGUUUAUGGAGGAAUGGCUUCUACAGACUUGCAGAAAGCGGUAGAGAAGGAGUUUGAAAUGGCUUUGCAGGAUCGAAUCAUGGAAGAAACAAAAGACAAGAAAAAUGCUGUUGAAGCCUAUGUCUAUGACAUGAGAAACAAGCUUUAUGACAAAUACCAAGAGUUUGUUACCGAUUCAGAGAGGGAAGAGUUUACUGCUAAACUGCAGCAGGUGGAAGAUUGGUUGUAUGAAGAUGGUGAGGAUGAAACCAAAGGUGUAUACAUUGCUAAGCUUGAGGAGCUCAAGAAGCAAGGUGAUCCAAUUGAGGAGCGGUACAAGGAGUUCAGUGAGAGGGGAUCGGUGAUUGAUCAACUUCUCUAUUGUAUUAAGAGUUACAGAGAAGCUGCAAUGCUAAAUGAUUCUAAAUUUGAGCACAUUGACUUGGCUGAGAAGGAAAAGGUUCUGAAUGGAUGUGCUGAGUCUGAGGCUUGGUUGAGUGAUAAAAAACAACAGCAGGACUCCCUACCCAAAUAUGCAGCCCCAGUUCUAUUGUCAGCUGAUGUUAGAAAGAAGGCUGAAACCCUCGACAGGUUUUGCAGGCCGAUUAUGACGAAACCUAAGCCAGACAAGCCAGCCACGCCUGAAGCAUCAGUACCGGCAUCUCCCCAAGGAAGCGAACCACAAUCUCAAGGUGCCGAGAAUGCCAACGCGGGUGCCAGUCCUAAUGAGAGUACUGGGGAUGCCAACAGCGGGGUGCCACCAACUGCUGCGGAGCCUAUGGAGACCGACAAGUCAGAAACUGCUCCUGGUGCAGCGGCUUAAAUUAGAAAACUCUGGUUCUAGGGAAACACUACCGCAGGCAAAAGGUUUGGUAGAACUGUUUUUAAACUUUUGAGAGCAUGAAACUAUUUUAAAAGAUUUAGGGAUAUGUUUGAUGCGGGUGAGAUUGCUAUUUAGUAUCUAUCUGUAAAGCCGUCUCAGGGUUUGGUUGGAUGAUGGUUGCCAAAUCCUGUCAUUAAUAGGAUGGGGAACUCUUCCUGAAUCCAGUUUUCCCGAAGGUUCCUUGCAGAGGUGAAAAUUCAGUCAUCUUUAAUUCUCGUUUGUUUGAGAAAAGACCCUUCAUAACAUCGAUCAUGUUUCACACUGGCAUUGAAAUCCUCUCUCUCUCUCUCUCAUCUGAGAAUGGCCCUAUAAAAUGAUUAAAAUGUUCUUGUGUUGGUAAGGAUUGGUUAUUUUUCUGGGUAUCCUAUAUAUCAGCCCCUCUAUUGGAUAUGA